AUGGUCCCAAAUGAAGCCUAUCAGUACAAGGGGAUUAUCAGUUUACUGAGGCAUUUCAGAUGGAACUGGGUGGGGCUCUUUGUUGUAGAUGAUGAGAGUGGAGGAUAUUUUCUGAAGACAUUGGAGCCAUUACUUUCCCAACAUGGUAUCUGUUCAGCUUUCACGCAAAGAAUCCCACCGGAAGCACGUUUGGAUGACAUUGACCACAUUAUCGACUUAAUCUCACACAAUUAUGUAUAUUUCACAGAUAACAAAGCCAAUACAUUCAUCAUCUAUGGAGAGUCUAUGACAAUGGUAUGGUUGAGAAAUAUUAUGUUUGUACGAGAUCCUGAAAGUAAGGAAACUGCAUCAUUUAGAAAGGUGUGGAUCAUGACAACUCAAAUUGAUUUAUUAUUAUCAGGCUCUCAAAAGGGUUGGGAUCUUCAGUUGUUCCAAGGUUCAAUUGCCUUUACAAUUCACUCACAGUACGUUCCAGCAUUCACGGAAUAUCUUCAGAAAGUUAGACCUUACUGGACUGAAGGAGAUGGAUUUGUCAAUGAUUUUUGGGAGCAAGCAUUUGAUUGUUCAUUUACAAAUCCCGAUGGACCGGCAAAUGACAUUGAAAGAUGUACUGGGAAGGAGAAGCUGGAAAGUCUUCCUGGUCCUCAGUUUGAGAUGCUCCUGAGUGGCCACAGCUACAGUAUCUAUAAUGCAGUGUAUGCCGUAACUCAUGCAUUGCAUGUUGUUUACUCAGCUAGAACCAAGCACAGAGCAAUGGCUGGUUGGGACAAAUUUGAACUUCAAGAUCUGCAGCCAUGGCAGCUCCACCCAAUCCUUUGUGACAUUUCAUUCAACAACUCAGUGGGAGAAACAAUCUCCUUUAAUGCUAAAAGGGAAAUGGGAGGUGGAUUUGACAUUACCAACAUGGUCACAUUUCCAAACAAGUCCUUCCAGAGAGUGAAAGUUGGACAUGUGGGCCCUAAUGGUGGCGAAGGACAAGAGUUCAUCAUUGACGAGGACAUAAUCACUUGGCAUAGUGGUUUCAAUCAGGGCCUUCCCCUUUCUAUUUGUAAUGAACACUGCCUCCCUGGUAAUCAGAAGAAAAAGAAGGAAGGAGAAAAGUUCUGCUGUUAUGAUUGUGCUUUAUGCCCAGAAGGGGAGAUUUCAAACCAGACAGAUAUGUCUGACUGCUUCAGUUGCCCAAGGGAUCAAUACCCCAGCAAGGACAAAAAUGGAUGUAUCUCCAAAACAAUGAGCUUUCUCUCCCAUGAAGAACCUUUAGGGUUCAGCUUACUCUCAGUUGCUGUUUCUUUUUCCCUGGUCACAGCCUCCAUACUAGGAAUUUUUAUUAAGCACAAAGAUACCCCCAUUGUCAAAGCUAACAACCGUGACCUCACCUACACUCUCCUCGUCUCCCUUCUGCUCUGCUUCCUCUCUUCAUUGUUAUUCCUUGGACAACCUGAGAAAGUCACCUGCCUUCUUCGCCAACCCACUUUUGGCAUCAUCUUCUCUGUGGCUGUUUCUUGUGUGUUGGCAAAAACUGUCACAGUGGUAGUAGCUUUCAUGGCCAUCAAACCAGGGUCCAGCAUGAGGAAGUGGGUGGGGAAACGUCUAACUAAUGGGAUUGUCUUUUCCUGCUCUCUUAUUCAAGCAAGCACAUGUACUGUGUGGUUGGCAACCUCUCCCCCAUAUCCUGAUUUAGACAUGCAUGCAGCAACUGAAGAAAUCAUUGUGAAAUGUAAUGAAGGGUCUGCCGCCAUGUUUUACUGUGUUCUGGGAUACAUGGGCUUCUUAGCCAUCAUCAGCUUCCUUGUGGCAUUCCUAGCCCGCAAGCUACCCGACAGUUUUAAUGAAGCCAAGUUCAUUACAUUCAGUAUGUUGUUGUUUUGCAGUGUGUGGUUGUCCUUUGUUCCAACAUACCUAAGCACCAGAGGAAAAUACAUGGUGGCUGUGGAGAUCUUCUCUAUUUUGGCCUCCAGUGCUGGGUUACUGGCUUGUAUCAUUUUCCCGAAAUGCUACAUUAUUAUGUUAAGGCCUGAAUUGAACAGCAGGGACCAACUAGUAAGGAAAAUGAAUUAA